GUAGGGGCGGGACCGAGCAGCCGGCGCCGGGAGGGGCUGACAGGGCCGCAGCGGCUCGCCCCGGCCUCACUUUCUCGCAACGUGCGUGAGCUGCAGCUGCCGGCCACCAGCGGCGCUCAGCGAAGAGGGCUGGGUGCGGGAGAUGAGGGUGAUUUCCUCCCGGCUUGGCCUUCUACGAGCAUCGACACCUGUCUCCUCGAAGCGCACGGGUUGCGGACGUAGCAGAGACCUGGUUGGAGGUGGAGGGUGACAGAAAAUGCAUUCUUUUUCUAAUUUACCUGCAGAGAACUCAACCAUUGCAGUCAACAUGACUGAGAUUUGGUCUACAACAGUAACACAUGGAUUUAAUGCUACUAAUGACUCACCUUCAAUGGCAAUAACAAGGCUUUUCCCAGCCUUACUAGAAUGCUUUGGCAUAGUCCUUUGUGGCUACAUAGCAGGAAGGGCCAAUGUCAUAACAUCAACACAGGCCAAAGGACUGGGAAAUUUUGUCUCCAGAUUUGCACUUCCAGCUUUAUUAUUCAAAAACAUGGUUAUACUUAAUUUUUCCAAUGUGGAUUGGGCUUUCCUGUAUAGUAUCUUAAUCGGCAAAGCUUCCGUAUUUUUCAUUGUGUGUGUAUUGACCUUGUUGGUCGCCAGUCCUGACAGUCGAUUUAGCAAAGCUGGACUAUUCCCUAUUUUUGCUACACAAAGUAAUGACUUUGCAUUGGGAUACCCUAUAGUUGAAGCUUUAUAUCAAACUACAUACCCAGAAUAUCUUCAGUACAUUUAUUUGGUGGCCCCAAUAUCUCUUAUGAUGUUAAACCCUGUAGGGUUUAUCUUCUGUGAAAUCCAGAAGUCAAAAGACACUCAAAGUACUUCACAAAACAAAGUGAAAAUUGUGGGACUUGGAUUUCUGCGUGUGUUACAGAACCCAAUAGUAUUUAUGGUCUUCAUUGGCAUUGCCUUCAAUUUUAUUCUUGAUAAAAAGAUUCCUGUAUAUAUGGAAAAUUUUCUUGAUGGACUUGGAAAUUCUUUCUCGGGAUCAGCCCUAUUUUAUCUUGGUCUUACCAUGGUAGGAAAAAUAAGGAGACUGAAGAAGUCAUCAUUUGUUGUCUUAAUUCUUCUCAUCACAGCCAAACUCCUGGUCCUGCCCCUCCUGUGCAGAGAAAUGGUGGAACUCUUGGACAAGGGCGACAGUGUAGUGAACCAUACAAGCUUAUCGAAUUAUGCAUUUUUGUAUGGUGUCUUUCCCGUAGCACCGGGAGUGGCUAUCUUUGCAACGCAAUUCAACAUGGAAGUUGAGAUUGUAACCUCAGGGAUGGUAAUAAGCACGUUUGUGUCUGCUCCGAUCAUGUAUGUUUCUGCCUGGUUACUGACCUUUCCCACUAUGGACCCUAAGCCACUGGCGUAUGCCAUUCAGAAUGUUAGUUUCGAUAUAAGUAUUAUCAGCCUGGUCUCCUUGAUCUGGUCUCUGGGUAUUCUUCUUUUGAGUAAGAAAUAUAAGCAGCUUCCUCAUAUGCUUACAACAAAUUUACUCAUUGCUCAGUCUAUUGUCUGUGCUGGAAUGAUGCUAUGGAAUUUUGUUAAAGAAAAAAAUUUUGUUGGACAAAUUUUGGUGUUUGUUCUGUUGUACAGCUCCCUGUAUAGCACCUACCUGUGGACAGGCCUUCUAGCAGUUUCUUUGUUUCUUUUGAAAAAGCGAGAGAGUGUACAAAUUCCUGUUGGAAUCAUCAUAAUAUCUGGCUGGGGAAUUCCUGCUCUCCUUGUUGGUGUUCUUUUGAUAACUGGAAAGCACAAUGGAGAUAGCAUUGACUCAGCCUUCUUUUAUGGAAAAGAGCAGAUGAUCAUCACGGCAGUUACCCUGUUCUGCAGCAUCGCGAUCGCUGGCACAUCACUCAUGUGCAUGAACCGCACCAGCCAAGCAGGGCGCUAUGAAGGUUUUGACCAGUCUCAGAGCCACAAAGUCAUGGAGCCUGGCAAUGCUGCUUUUGAAGAGAGUCCAGAACCGACAAGUGAACCAGAAUUGUUUACAAGUUCCAUCCCAGAAACAAGCAGAGAUACAGAGACAGAGAGAGAAACAGAGAGAGAUCUCCAAUCUGCUGGCUCACUCUUCAAAUGCCUGCAUCAAAGCCAGGAGCUGGGAAUUCAAUCCGGGUCUCCCACAUGGGCGGCAGGGACCCAACUACUUGAGCCAUCACCUGCUGCCUCUCAGGGUUGCUGCUCCUGCUCCAUUGGGAAUGGUGAACUGCACUGCCCAUCAACAGAGCCAGUGGCAAACACGAGCACCAGUAGACCUGGGACCCCUUCAUUUGAGAAAAAUGAUCGCUGUGAGAGUCGCUGUAACUCCCAGAGCUGUAUCCUAGCCCAGGAAGAGGAACAGUAUCUCCAGAGCGGAGACCAGCAACUGACGCGACACGUGCUGCUGUGUUUACUUCUCAUCAUUGGCCUGUUUGCUAAUCUUUCCAGUUGUUUAUGGUGGCUAUUCAACCAAGAGCCUGGAAGACUGUAUGUGGAGUUACAGUUUUUCUGUGCUGUGUUUAACUUUGGCCAGGGAUUUAUUUCCUUUGGAAUCUUUGGAUUGGACAAACAUUUAAUCAUCCUACCUUUCAAAAGAAGACUUGAAUUCUUAUGGAACAAUAAAGAAACAGCAGAGAACAGGGAUCCUCCUGUUUCUGAGGAAAUAAAAAUGACCUGUCAACAAUUUAUGCAUUAUCACCGUGACCUCUGUAUCCGAAACAUCGUCAAGGAAAGAAGGUGUGGUGCAAAGACUUCUGCUGGGACCUUCUGUGGCUGUGACCUGGUAAACUGGCUAAUUGAAGUUGGUCUUGCCUCUGACCGUGGUGAAGCCGUGAUAUAUGGAGAUAGACUGGUGCAAGGGGGAGUCAUCCAACAUAUUACCAAUGAAUAUGAGUUUCGGGAUGAGUACUUGUUUUACAGAUUUCUUCAAAAGAGCCCUGAACAGAGUCCUCCUGUUAUUAAUGCAAGCCCCGCCUAUGAGGAAAGAUAUAAAGAAAUUGAACAUUCAUCACCUUCCUCACUUUCACCUAACACCUAAAUUAUGAAGGAGAGAAUCCCACAUGGAAUCAUACCCUAGCCCCAGAUCUGUUACUUUUUAGCUGUGUGACUUGGGCAAGUGACAAACUCUCUGAGCUUCAGCUGCCUCUUCUGUGAAGUUUGACAAGAUGUGUUCCUAUCUCAUGUAACAUUCUGUGAUUUUUAUGUAUAUGUGAAACACAGAGGAAACUGACUUGGGAAAAAGAAAAAAACAAAUCAAAAUUUAAAAGUUCUGAUAAUGAAUAAUAAUUGUUAUAAAUUACAGUAAUAUGCCAACAUUUAAAACUCAUUGUUUUCUGUAAAUGUUUGCUAUAAUUUCAGAAUCAAUAUCAGAUUAACUAGCUGUUUCUUUACGUUGCCAUGGCAAGUGUACUGUUGGCAGGAAAUGAACCUUAAAUUAUGACAACUUUGCACUAUAGAUAGCACUUCCUAAAAAAAGAAUUUUAAUGUUUCUAAUAAGAGGGUAUUAUUCUCUUUAUGUUUUCCAUUUUCUUGAUGAAUAUUACUCAUUCACAGUCUAGAAGCACUAUUUUUUUAAGGUUCAUCUUUUCUUGCUUUUCUAUCCACAGUACUAACCUUUGCACUUAGGAAGGUAAUGUAACCUCCACAGAUUAUGUCCACAGCCCUUCACCAGAAAUAUCAUCUGAUAUUUUGUUUUGUACUACAAAUAACGAUUUGAGCAUAUUCAUUUAACUACUGUCAACAGAAUCAUUGCUGUGUGAUAUAUUAUUUAUGGUGUUUUCACAAAGCAUCAUAGGACAGAAGGGUAACUACUAUUUUAUUCCUUAUAGUUAAAAAAAAAAACCUAUACAGUUCAAGCUAAAAUUUAAGAACUUAGCCUCCUACUGUUACCUUUAGAAUUUAUUUUUUAAGUAACCAUGUAUAAAAAAUCUAUACAUUUUAAAAUUACUAAAUAUUAAUGUCUAUCGUAAUCCAUUUAGGCUGCUAUAACGAAACACUAUAAAUUAGACAGCUUAUUUCUGGAGGUUGGGAAGUCCAAGAUGAAGGCACUGGCAGAGUCAGUGUGUGAUGGGGGCCUAAUUUCUCAUUCACAGAUUGUGCCUCUUGCUCUGUUUUUCACCUGGGGGAAGCGAAGAACUCAGCCCUUUUUAAGACCACCAAUGCCACUUGGGAGGGCCAUACCCUCGUGACCCAAUCAAUUCCCAAAAAGCCCCUACUAAUGCCAUCACAUUGGGAUUAGAUUUCAACAUAUGUGUAUUGGGGGUAUACAGACAUUCAGAUCAUAGAACCCUCAUAUGAGCUUUAUCUUAAUUAAAAAGAGAUCAAUUCACAUGACCAUCGAGUAUCUACUUAAUUAUUAGGUGUUAGUGCUGGUCUAACUUAUUUAAAACACAUUUUAAGUAUUUAAUUAUAUCAUUUUUAGUGUCUCAUAUAUAAAAGCCAUUUAGAAAAUAAUUUAUAGGGUUGGUGUCAUUGCCCUUUUAAUGUAACAAAUAUAAUUUUUUUAGGAAACCUGCAUGGAAACCUGUGUGUUUAACAAUAAAUUAUACAAAUUUAACAAGUAAAUUAGUAUACUGCUAACCUAUACCAACUUUGUGAUUAGGUAAUGGGGAUGUUUUUAAGUUGAAUUGUCUUGCUACAGAAGUUUUUUAAAAAAUGUAUGGCCACAUUGUAACUCUGAAUGCUCAGAGGUAAGUGUAAGGCCUCACUGAUGUGCCAGGAGACUUUUACAGUUACAGUAACAGAAAUCCUCAUUCACACGCAUGCAGGCAACUCAAACUCAAGUGGGGAAUUUGUGAACAAGUCAUACUACAUAUGUUCUGUUAUUUGCAGGAAAGGCAUCUGAAAAUCUUUUUCCACGGGAGACACUAAAAGAAAAACUUGGAUCAGAAUGAUCUGCAGUUUCAGAUAAUAAAGGCUUUUAAGAGUUCUUUUUAGAGUUAAGGACAUGCUAAUUUUAUUAAAUGAAUAUAUUUGUAACUGUUACUUUCUCACUGACAAAGCAAGUUUCUCAAUAAAAUGUCUAUUUUAA